GCCAGUCCAGUUUCUGCCUUGAGCCUGCAGUGUAUGAUCUUGCACAAUGGAGAAGGAAUACCCCGACGACAGUCUUGAUAAGGCUCCUAUCAGAGAGGAUGCGGUCUUUGGUGAAAUCAGAGAAGGCGGCGUCAACUACCGCGAUGUUGGCUGGAAGGGAACGACAGCCUUGAUGAUGAAGGCCCAGCUGGGGCUGGGCGUUCUGUCUAUCCCCCAGGUCUUCGACACAGUCGGCCUCAUACCGGGGAUCCUUAUUGUGUUGGCGAUUUCUGGAAUGACCGGCUGGUCAAACUGGAUGGUGGGCGUCUUCAAGAGGCGCCAUCCAGAGGUGUACGGAAUCGAUGAUGUUGGGAGGAUGCUAUUUGGCCGGAUUGGCUUCGAAGUGCUGGGUGCGGCGUAUACCUUGCUUUGGAUUUUUGUCUCGGGAUCUGGCAUGUUGAGCGUGUCAAUCGCCCUCAACGCCCUCUCCUCGCACGCCAUCUGCACUGCAAUCUUUGUGGCCAUUGCCGCUGUUGUCGGGUUUGGGCUUUCGAGUAUCCAGACCCUCGCCAAAAUGAGCUGGCUUGCAUGGGUAGGUACCGCCUGUAUCAUUGUUGCGGUGUCCACGGUAACAAUUGCCGUCGGAGUCCAAGGCCAUCCUCCCGCAAUCGACGGCGUCGUACCCGAGGCUGACUACAAGCUGUUCAACAGCCCCAGCUUUGCUGAAGCCAUGGCCGCGGUCUCGACGGUGUGCUUGAGCUACGCCGGAACGCCGGCGUUCUUCAACAUUGCAGCCGAGAUGAAAGACCCUAGGCUCUACACUCGGGCCCUUGCAAUCUCCCACUCAAUCAUUACGGUCAUCUACAUCGUGUGUGGGACGGUCGUGUACUACUACUGCGGUUCUCAUGUUGCAUCGCCAGCGCUGGGCUCGGCAGGGGCGCUGAUCAAGAAGAUCUGUUACGGUAUCGCCCUGCCCGGCCUGGUCGUUUCCAUGGUCCUCCUCCUUCAUCUACCCGCUAAACAGAUCUUCGUCCGCAUGCUCCGCGGCUCUAAACAUCUCACAUCCCACACGCUGAUCCAUUGGGUAGCCUGGUUGGGGUCGACCUUCGCUGUUGCUCUGAUUGCCUACAUAAUCGCGAGCGGCAUCCCAGUUUUUAGUAGCCUUGUCUCGUUCGUGGGCGCCCUGUUCGGAACACCGAUGUGCUUCCAGCCUUUUGGGUGUAUGUGGCUAUAUGAUAACUGGGGCUCUGGGACGUCGGGUAAGCCACUAAGCUGGUGGUUCAAGGUCUGCUGGAGCAGUUUCAUGGUUCUUGCCGGGUGUCUCUUGACUAUUGCAGGGACGUACGGGUCUAUUGUUGGUAUUAUCGAUUCUUAUAACGCCUCCGGGGGUUCAAGUGCAUGGUCUUGUGCCAACAAUGAUGUCUAGCGCGGCAGAAGAGGGCAAUGCCGCGUUUGAAGUUGGGCAUUUGGCAGAUAUCAGGUGGGGACCUGUUGGCUCUUGCUGCCUUGGAUCUUGUAGAAUACGGCUGAGAUAGACCAUAAAAUUGGGAUAUCCAUGUCUUGAAUAUGUAUGCAGGGGCGCUCGAGAGACGCGAGUCCUGAAGAACGAGCGCAAAU